AUGUCUUCCUACACCAAAGACGCGACGAAGGCUGGCGAUACAGUCGAUGUUGCAGACCGAGCGAGCACGAUUGAUCAGGAGAUCUCGAAAUCAGCCAUCGUCGCCGCCGAUGAAGCUGAUGCCGGGCUUGAGCUGUACAGCCAGGCGCUCGAGCUUGACGCCGAGCAUCUGCAGCGGCUGGCACGACGCGUUCGUUGGAAGCUGGAUUUCAUCUUACUGCCCCUAAUGUGUGCAGUUUACAUGGUGGGCUUCAUGGAGAAGACAACAUUGAACUACGCCAACGCAUUCAACCUGCGUAAGGACCUCGGAAUCGAAGGUUAUCAGUACUCAUGGAUCGUUGCUGUCGCCGCUCUUGGGUUGAUGGUGGGGGCGUACCCAUCCAGCCUGGUGAUCCAGAAAUACCCGCUCGGCAAGGUCAUGACUGUAUUGAUCUUCUUUUGGGGCUUGCUCACAAUGGUCAUCGCAGCUGCAAAGGGCUUCGGCUCCGUCUUGGCCUUGAGAUUCCUGCUUGGCUUGACCGAGGCGGCAAUGGGUCCUGCUUGGCUCAUCCUGACAAGUAUGUUCUACACCCGCGACGAACAGCCUCUUCGGAUGUGCAUUUACCUCGGAUCGAACGGCUUGGCCAAUAUACUCGCAGCCGGCAUCUGCGUCGGUUUGGGCUCCGUCGAUGACGCUGCGCUACAGCCCUGGCAGCUUAUUUUCCUGGUCGUUGGAGCCAUAGCUAUCCUCCUGAGCGCUGUGUGCUUCUUUCUGCUGCCUUCCACUCCCGCGGAUGCUCGCUUCUUGACCAAGGACGAGAAGCUAGCCGCUGUGUGGCGUAUCGCCCAAAAUCAGACUGGCGUCAAGCAUGAAAAAGUACUCAAGUACCAGAUCCGCGAAGCGUUGUGUGAUGUGCGCGUCUACUGCCUCUUGGUCCAACAAUUCGCUAUCGGCAUGAUCAAUGGAGCAUUGGGCGGAUACUACAGCGCACUGCUCCGCGGCUUUGGCUGGUCAUCUCUCCAAACCGUACGAUAUCAGCUUCCGUCCGGCGCAGUCCAACUGGUCGCCAGCUGCAUCGCGGGCUACCUUGCAUCUCGGUUCCGAAACGUCACCAUCAUUAUCAUUCUGGUGCUGGCUGCCUUUGCCGUUGCGGCUUUAGUGGGCUUCACCACGAUUCCAGCCAGCGACAAGUGGGCACUGACGUCUUGCGUCUGGAUCGUCAAUGCCUACGGCGGCGCCAUCGUGCUCAACUGGGCGAUCGUCGCCGCGAACUUCGCCGGGCAUACGAAGCGUACGACUGUCAACGGUAUCAACUUUGUCGCAUACUGGGGUGGCAACUUCGCUGGGCCGUUCGUGUUCGAUCCCAGCGAGGCUCCACGUUACCACUCAGCCACGAUGGUGCUGGGAAUCAUGCUUGGGACUGGCUGGCUCGUCACAGCUGCCAUGGGUGUGGAUAUGUGGUAUGUGAACCGGAAGCGAGAUGCUAAAGCCGCCGCGGGUCAACAGGAAUACGUUGCUGGUGAGGGUGGGAUUGAAGGGUUCACGGACAAGACUGAUAAGGAGAACAAGUCGUUCAGGUACAGGUACUGA